UCUUCUUUUUCCUCCCCUGCACCGAGCAACAAGACCUAGGCCCCCGACGCACCUCCCCUCUGAAAACCGAUGAGAAAGCUUGGUUUUUGCCUUUCUUUUCUUGUUCAAGAACCAGAUUUGGAGCUUAGAAAUCUCUCCCCCUGCAAGAAUUUCUGGAUCUGCUCUGCUCUGUCCGUCCAUCUAUUGCUCUUGCUGGUUUGUGGGUGCGAAUUUCUCUGAUUUUUGGAUCCCCCUGAAUUUUCUGCACUUCCCGCCAGCUCCUCCCCAAACUGCAGCUUCGGUUUUGCUUGCUAAAUUCUAGUGCUGUUAUGGCUUAAAGCAUUGGGAUUGUGUCUUCGGUAUUAUGAAUUUGAGGAAGCAAAGUCAAGGACAGGGAAAACCGAGGGGAGUGAUGAGUUAGAAGGCUAGGCAUCUUGUAAAUUGAACAUAGAUUUUAUAUAUAAAUCAUGAUCUUGUAAACUAGACUUUAUUUGGAGAUUUUAAGAUAUUAGAGCAAAAUUUUAAAAAUUUUAUCUUCAGAUUUUGGUGGUAUUAAAUUGUGGUAUGAUAA